GUAUUAGUCCCAGUUUUUUUAAUGAAAAAAAAGGAAUCAGAACAGACUUAAGUUCAUACUCGCGAAUGGAGUACUAAUUAGCACACACACCAUUACCAGAAAAGAUUGGAACUUUGAAGCUAUAUAUGCUCGUGAUGUGUUUAGCCGAGAUGAGAUUAAAGAACCUAAUUCCCCAAUUUGUAGAAAAGAGUUUGAAAUUGACCCAAUCUUUCCUUGAAAAAGUGAUAUUUAGCACUCAGCACGCCACCAUUGGCUAACCCACCAUUUUGUGUAUUUGUUUAUUCUGGGGCAUUCUGACCUCAUCGGCCCUCCUUCUUGGCUCUGGGUUUCGUUUUGGUUGGAAAGUUCUUUUUUUCGAGGAACCAACCAAUGAGAUUGCAGAUAAACAAGUAGUCGAAUUUUCCGUGGCUAGUUUGGAUUUUUCAGUAUUACUACUAUUCUACUCUUCUAAAGGAAGAGAAAAAAACAGUUUCAAAGUGAUAAACUAUUCUGAAAAUUCAUAAAAGGGAAGAAGAGCAUUGAGAAAUUUCUUUUUCACCGAGAAGGGAAUUUUGGCUAUUUGGCUGUUGGGAAGAAGUGCCAUCUGCUUCUGACUCUGUGAUCCCCCUUUUUGCGUAAAACCACCAUUAAUUUUCAUAAUCUUUUCUUUUCCUCUCCGUUUCAAUAACAAGUGAGGAGAAGACCCCACCUCAUCAUUCUUCGUCACCAACCGUACUUUUUUUUUUCUUUAUAUUUAACCAUGAAUCAAAGCUUGUCUUCUUUUUUAUGGUUCCAUGUGGGUUGUGGUGAAGCUCGGGAUUUCUUAAGCUUCAGGACCUGUGGAACGAUUCUUUGUCCUUCAAUCUGAAAUUUUGCUGAAUUGUGGAAAAGUCGAAAGUUUUAGCAGUGAAUUAGUUUGGUUCGUUCAAUUGGUGUCAAGGGAGAAUAUCUAAUUCUCUGAUCUGGUCUCUGCCUUCCUUUUUUGGUAAAGACUCGGUUUUUGGGUAUUCCAUGCUUGUAUCAGAAGGAAAUGAGACUCCUUCACCCUUGUGUUCUUAACUGAGAUAGGGUAACUUUGAGAAAGGACAUAAUUUUUUUAGAGGUUUUUCUGGUCUGAGAACCGUUCGAGGUUCUUGGGUUUCAAUAAGUGGGAUUUCGGUUUGUGCUUUGUCUGGAAUUGUAUUUUUGGAGGAACAGAGUUCCUGUAAGAUUGAAUUUGCUGUUCCUGUUAACAGAAGGUGAGAAUUUUCUAGCUUCUCUGCUAAUUUACUAUGUCUGUUCUUGCUAUUAGCUAGUAAUUCUCUAUCAUUUUCCAGUUCCAUGACCCUCUUACAUCCCCCAAAAAAACAAAUGAACCAACACCUGUAUAUGUUGUAUAACUGUAUUUGUUGAUGCUAUGUUUCUAGUACAGUACAAUAUGGUCCCAGCUCCCAACUAGAUAACUUAGUUUGCUUUUCUAAGUAUAGAUGGUGAGGUUCAAGGUUUCAUUAGUGGGCUGGCAAUAGUCUUUUGUGAUGGUGAUUUGUUUAUCAUGUCUACCUGCUGUGGAGAAGGAAUUCCAUCAUUCAAACCAAGCCCUUUAAUUUCAGUGCAUAAUUGUGAUUGUCUAACUUUGUGAAGUUCAGCAAAGUUGCUACGAGAUGUACCGGUGCAAGAUUUUUGUGAUUUCAGGCUUUGACCUCAAACUGCAGAAUAGUAGUUGUACUGUAUUGUCGAUUUCUUUUUUCUUUUUUUUUUUUUACUCCAGUUCCAGAAUAUGGGGUUUUGUAGACUGCUGUUCUCACUGAUAUUUGUUUUAAUUUGCUGUUGUUACUUCAGAAUGUGUAUCCAAUAGUGGCCUUUACAAGUUCUGUUCCCUUUGCAAAACAUAAAACUAAUGAUUGAAAGAAUACUAAGGCCCUUUUACAUCCUUACAGUUAAUCUGGACAUUUGAGAUUCUGUUGACAUAUGGGAAGUGAUUCUUCUGAAGUUAUUGAAGCUCCAAUAUUACCUUAUGAUAUAAAGGUGCAUCGUGUCAUGUGUACUGAGUUGAUCAACUUGGUUAACAAAGUCUCGAAAAUCCUUCAAGAGACUGAAGCAGCACAGCCUCGGUGCUCAAAUGGAAUAAAGUCUCUUUGCUUGCUGAACAAUGCAAUUUGUAAAGCUAAGUUACUGAUUCAGUAUUGCAGCGAGUCCAGUAAGCUUUACCUGGCACUUACUGGAGACACCAUACUGGCAAGAUGCCGAAAAUCAAAGAAUCUGCUGGAGCAAAGUCUUAGCCAACUGCAGCAUAUGGUUCCAGUCAUGCUUGCUGCAGAGGUACAUAUGAUUUCUUUUUAGUUUGAGGGCAUUUCCCAGCUUCUCUUUGGCAGUUGUCUGACAGGAUAGGUUACUAAGGUUCAUUGUCAGCAUUUACUUUGUUAUUGGGUUUAAUUUUCAGAGGGAAAGAUAGGGGUGGUUUUGGAGAACAUUCCUUUCGAUUAUGGACAAAUCCAUACCCUUGCCCAGAUUAACUUCUCUCCGAUCGAUUUGAUCAAGAUUUCCAAGGAAAGAACAAACAAGUCUAUUCUGGAACUGUUCAUAUUUUAAACUGCAAGAACAACAGUAGUAGCGGCAUCUUUCCUGAGUUUUUUUUUUUUUUAACUUAGUCCUUUUUUAUGAGUUGAGAUACUGUUUUUUCCCUUCAUUUUCAUGAUUUCAUCUUCCUUUAUUUAGUUUCUUACGCUCAUUAAGUCCAUUUAAAACUGAAAUUUUUCACGUUCGUAACCAUUCUUGGCAGAUUUCUAGAACAAUUAUUGAUCUGAGAGGAGUUGUAUUGAGAUUAGAACCAUCAGAACAAGAUGCUGGAGAGGUUCUGCGUCAGUUGCUUCAAAUAUAUAAAUCUCCUACAAAUUCCUCGGAUGAAACUGCAUUUAAGGCAUUGCAAGUUGCUCUAUCAAGACUUCAGAUCAUUUCCCAGAAAGAUCUCUUGAUAGAAAAAAGAUCGAUCAAGAAACAACUUGAUAAAGUUGCAGAAAGUGAUCCAAUGAAGAAAAAGAUCUUACUAUUCUUGCAUCAUCUUCUGAAAAAAUAUGGAACAUUGGCUUUGAAAGAGCAAAGAGAAAAUAAUGCCUUGCAUCAUGAGGAAUCAUUUCAAUUGUCUAGCUCCGACGCCCUAUCUGUUGAACAUAGUUCUCGUCUGAGAGGAAGAACUGAUGAUGCUCAAGUUAACACGUGGCAUGCACCCGUAAUCCCGGAGGAAUUCAAGUGCCCUUUGUCUUCGAGAUUGAUGUAUGACCCUGUUGUCAUCGAUUCAGGAAUAACAUUUGAAAGAUUGUGGAUACAGAAAUGGUUUGAUGAAAAUCAUGUUGUAUGUCCAAAGACCAAAAAGAAGUUGGACCAUUUUUUGUUGACUCCAAAUAUGACAAUGAAAGAUCUUAUUGCAGAAUGGUGUGCAAGGACUGGAGUUACUUUAACUGACCCGAGUGCACUAGCAGAUCUUCAACCGUUGGACUCUUCGUUCUCUUCCAUCCGUAGUUUGAGCAGUUCUGUAAAUGAUCUAUCUCUGCCAACAGAUUUCAACUUCUCUGUUCGUUCUUCAGAUGAUGGACUGGGGUCGGAAUACCAUGAAACUCUGAUAGAUGGCUCCAACUUCUCAAUGAACUCAGAAGAUUCUCUCAAGGUUGAGUAUAAACAUCGCACCAAUGAAAUUAAUAUGGGAAUUCUGGUUGAACUUGACGCACUUUCUUGGGAAUGUAAGUGCAAAGUCAUUAUUGAUAUCAUGAACCUUUUGAAGCAUGAUCAUCAAACUAGUCGCCUGGCGUCAUCUGAAACAGUGAUCCAACCACUCCUGAAAUUUUUGAAGGAUGCAUACGACCUUCACGAUGUGGAAGCUCUCAGAAAUGGGUGUCUCUUAUUUUCAGCUUUUGUUGAGAUGUGCAGAAUUAGUAUUAUACCAUGUUUGGGGGAAGAAGCAUAUCAACUAUUGGUCUCCUUUCUGGACACUGAAGUUGCUGAAGAAACUCUUGCUAUUCUAGUGCUCUUAUCUUCUUACCCAUCCUGUCAUAAAGAAAUUGCAGCAUCUGGCACACUCAAGCAUCUUUUGACAAUGCUUGACACUGAGACUUCUAAUCUAAAGGAGCCAGCCCUCAGAAUUCUGUGUAAUUUGUCAGAAAGGAGUGAAGUUAAGUCCUUAAUUAUAUCUUCUGACGUCAUCCCUAAGCUGAUUGCACAAUUUGAAGAUACUGCUCUAGCAAGACACUGCGUAGUAAUCUUGAAAAAUCUAUGUGAUUACGAAGAUGCUAGAGCUGUUGUAGCUGAGUGUGAUGGUUGCAUUGCCUCCAUUAUUAAACUACUGGAGAGUGACAAUGAAGAUGACCAAGAACAGGCCGUGGCUAUUCUUCUUUCUUUGUGCUCUCAACGUAAUCAAUUUUGUCAGCUGGUCAUGGAAGAAGGUGUAAUUCCUUCCCUUGUUGCAAUAUCCGUUAAUGGAAAUGACAAGGGGAAGGCGAAGUCAUUGGAAUUACUUCGAAUAUUGAGGGACGAAGUAAGGCACUCAGCAGGCAACUCAGAACCAGAACCCAUAGCAUCUACAGACCCGAGCCCUCCAAGCAAGGGGAAGAAAUCAACAUUUAAGAUGGCCGGACUCUUUGGGAAACUGCCACGAUUCUCGAAAAGGUGAUACCUAAAAGUUGAAAUAAUAGAACUUGCUUUAGUUUGUCCGGAGACGUCCGUAAUCAACUCUGCAGAACUAGAUUUCCUGGAUAGAGUACUGAUAUUGCUCUUCUUGCUUGAGGCUAUUUUUUAGGUAGAAGCGGAGGUUUGGCAAAGAGGUUUCCAAUGUAGUUAAUUGUAUACUAAUGAUAUGAGAUUGGGACAACUUUUUGGUGUCUUCUCGAAUCAGGGAUAGGACUAGUGUAUGUUAGACUGUGAACAUGUCUGCAGGGAUUUUGCUGGUAUGAAAUCUGUAUACAGAUGUACAGUUUUGCUAGGUAACUGUAUAGUGACUAUACUUAUAUUGGAUUGAUCUUAAAAUCGGAUUGUACAGUUUUCUUCUAAUGAUUAAUCUUAAAAUAAUAUAUGGUAUAUGGGGGA